CUGCACGUUACGCACACAUUUGCGACAGCCCCGCGCCCGUCUGCGUCGCACGAGCGCGGCGCAAGUGAAACAGCACCGCGGCGGACGGCGCGGCAGUCGACGACGGGGCGGCACGCGGACGGAGCGCGCCGCGCACACCGAGGGGACGCGUUGAGCGACAGCGGGAGGCACGGAGCACGCGCAUCUCCCCGUCUUGUCAACGGCAUCGCCGUGAAAAUCCCCGCCGGAUCAGCCUGGCGCAAAGCAGGGAGGCUCUGUCCGUCCCCUUGGGCUCGGUGCCGGUACCGGGGUGUUCUCGCCUGACAUAAAAAGAGGCACAAGAAUCGGCCCAGCCUGCCGUUGCCUGUGCAGUCACAAGUAGGCUGGGCUGCUCUGGCGUCUGAAAGUGUCCUGGACGCCGGAUGGACUUGAACGGCACGGUGCACUUCGCGAUCUGAGCCAGAGAAGAUUCUGCCGCUUCCUUUGGAGUAAAAGAACUGCGCCUGGUCCAUCGCUUUUUCUUUUCCUUUUUUUCCCCUAAGUCUUGUGUUGCGUAAAUCCGUUUACGAACGCGGGAGCCCGUUGAUACUCGUGUUCGUUUUUUUAAUUGGAAUUACGGUCCAAAACCGCGACGCGCGGGAGGAAUUUAAGUCCCAUUUUGGUGCGUAAUUUGCGCGGGGUGUGCGGGUGCGUGGCCACACAAGCAGUUGUGGCUCCGUUCUGGGGUUUUUUUUUACAUUGAAAACCCAUUUUUCCCUCAUGGAUUAGUCUAAAUCACAGGUAAAGACUUAAGAAGCGCAGCUUUACUCUCUCUCGCCUGGAAUAAACAGGCGGAUCUGGUGCACGGAUUCUCUGUAGGAUGGUAAAUGACCAAUGGGGAAUCAUGAACAGCUCUUCUGAACUCGAAGAUGGGACUCGGCACAAAAACCAGACGUUCUGCGAGUGUGUGCCCAGCUCCUCGCAGCUCAAACACCGCUGGUCAGACUCCGAAACCGCCCGGGAGACGCCAGCCAAGAGGAUGAGCUGCAGCUACCUGCUCUGCACCAUCCUGCUCUUCGUCGCCGUCCUGCUGGCCGUCACCGUGACCGGCACCAUCCUUUUCAUGAACCACUACCAGGCCCCACCCAUGUCCGAUGGCCUCCCCCACAUCUCCACCAACCAGGACGAAGCCAACGCCCUGGUGACCGUCGAGCGGGGCGACGGCUCUCGCAUCAACAUCUUCAUCGACCCCAACUGCCCCGACUACAACAGUAACUUUUUGCGGCUGGAGGGCGUGCAGACCUCGCUGCUUCACUCGCUGACCGACCACGACUCGGACCUGAAGUCGGUCAAGGGCCAGGACCGGGCGCUGCUGGUCAGCCUGGCGGAGGAGGUGGCCAAGCUGUCGGCGCACGCAGGGCAGCUGAAGAUGGACUACGAGGCUCUCCGCAGGGGGCAGGGCAGCCUGGGGCAAGACCUCAACACGCUGCAGGCGGAGCAGGGGCGCCUCAUACAGCUGCUGUCCGACAGCCAGAUCAACAUGGUGAAGGUAGUGAACUCGGUGAGCGAUGCUCUUAACGCCAUGCAGAAGGAGAACGUGGGCCUGAAGGCGCGUGUCAAGGCCGACUUGCAGAGGGCACCAGUGAGAGGAGCCCGUUUCAAGGGCUGCUCCAACGGCUCGCGUCCCCGCGACUGUGGUGAUCUGUACGCCAGCGGUCAGAGAGAGGACGGCAUCUACUCUGUGUUCCCUGUGCACCACCCCGCUGGCUUCCAGGUCUACUGUGACAUGACCACCGACGGAGGAGGCUGGACGGUGAUCCAGCGCAGGGAGGACGGCUCGGUCAGCUUCUUCAGAGGAUGGGAGUCCUACCGCGAGGGCUUCGGCAAGAUCACGGGCGAACACUGGCUCGGCCUGAAGCAGAUCCACGCCCUGUCCAUCCAGGGAAACUAUGAGCUGCGCAUCGACUUGGAAGACUUUGAAAACAGCACCGCGUACGCCCAGUAUGGCACCUUCGGAGUGGGCCUGUUCUCCGUGGAUGCUGACGAUGAUGGAUACCCUCUGACUGUGGGGGACUAUUCGGGGAAUGCAGGGGACUCCCUGCUGAAGCACAACGGCAUGAAGUUCACCACCAAAGACCGGGACAACGACCACUCGGAGAACAACUGCGCCUCCUUCUACCACGGCGCCUGGUGGUACCGCAACUGCCACACGUCCAACCUGAACGGCCAGUACCUGCGCGGCCAGCACACCUCCUACGCGGACGGCAUCGAGUGGUCCUCCUGGACCGGGUGGCAGUACUCCCUCAAGUUCUCCGAGAUGAAGAUCCGGCCCACCCGCGACGCUGAGAACAAAUGAGACUGACACAGAGAGGAAGGCGCUUUUUUAAAACAUUACAAACCACAAUUUCUGACAGCUACAGUAGGUGGAGUUACUUGUCUUGAUAUUGUUUAUUCACUAAAACAUACCGUACCUCCUUGACCUGAGUUGACCCUGCUGUUUGCCUCCUGGUGUCUCUUCCUCUUUGCUCCUCUUCCUCCAUCGCUCAGCUCCUGCUCAUGCUGGCUGCCAUAGUCCUUCCCCGGUCCCCUUCUUAGAAACCUCUUGUAGCCGUGACGCCCUGUUUUCGACCAUUCCGUUCGUUGAGUCCGCCGCGCUUCGUCCGGUCCUCGGAUCUGCGCUGACGCAGCAUUUAGACCGGUCCCGCCGCCCAUUUCUGCUUAACCGUGGAGCUUCACCGAGCGGAACAGACGACGUCCUCACUGUCGCCCUCCUGAAGACGCCGCCUCGGCCCUCGAUCGGUGCGAAUGAGUCCCAGCAGGACGGGGCAGGAAGUGGAGAGUUUUGAGGAAACAAUUGGACAAGACCUAAAUUAGUGAAAAGGAACGAGGGGCCGGGGCGAAUCGAAGAGGAGCGGAGGAAGAGGAGAGGAACGGGAACGCGAGAGACAACGGAGGAGCUCAUUCGUCUGACUUGGGCCAUUAGGGAGCAUAUUGUGCACUUUGUCUGAUCCGCCUGCCAGCUGAGUAUUGGCCAAGUGAUGCAGCACUCACAGAUGGUAGCCCAGCACUUUGCAUUCGUGUGCGCGCGCGCGCGCGUGCGCGAGCGUGUCUGCGGUGGAGAAAGACAGAGUUCUGACACCAUCAGUGUCCUGUCACGACUCCAGCGGAGCUCCGCCCCCGACCGCUGACGUCACUCCCUCCAUCCUCCGCUCACGCCGGACGACGAGUGAAAAAAGAAGGAUAAUAAUCUGAUGACGUGACGAUGACCCGCGGCACCAGAGCGGGUUCCGCUUUAAAACCGGUGCCAACGAGCCCGUUUCCACUUCCCCGCGUUUGUCCUCGGUUUUAUCGCCGGUUCUCGUUUCCCGGUGAGUUUCACGGGAUUCUUGUUUUCGGUGCGACACCGUUUCACUUGUCACGCAAGAGGAAAGUAAGUUGCUGUAAAAUAAGAUUUGAUGCUCUGAACCACUGUCUUUGUUCUUCUGAGUAGGAAUUCAACCUUGUGUUAUAGCACAACAAUAUUGCCUAAAGCAAACACACAAAAAAAGAAAGGAGAAAUGUUGUGAAGAGAAAAAAAUGCAGCGAAAAAAAAAGUUGGUGAAUACUUUUUUUUCCACUUUCACAGAGUUUCUUUGGAUAUAUAUGAAAAGCUUUAAAAAUAUCUGUAGAUUUCUUGUACAGUGUGUCUGACUUCUAGAGCAUGUGAACCUGUUUCUUACUAUGCUACAACACAAAGACGACUGAAGCACAUGGACUGAGCUACGCGUUGCAGACGUUUUUCCAGAUCAUUUUCCUGCCUGUGUGAACGGUGGCUCCCGAGGUCGAACCCGAGGCGGACGAAGGACUGCGAUCGUCCCCCGAGUUCGAACCGACAGCACAAAUCGGCCGCGGACGCCGGAAGUGGGACGGUGCGGGCCUCUCGGCGCAUUAGCCGCCCCGCCGGACGCGCGCGAACCGCCUGGCACGCGCCGAGACGCUGAGACGCUUUUAACCGCGCGCUGGAGGGUGUCGCCCCCGGUGACAGCGAGUUAACGUGCAGCGCUGGAAAACCUCUGAUACCGGAGCGGCUGACAGCUUCUCCGUCGUCACCUGUGUGCGCGCGCGCGCGCGUGCACAUACAGCCGUGCGUCACGUCACGGCAGACUUCCGCCACCUUUCCUCACCUUCAAAGCACAGGCGCGUGACACGGACACCUGAAGCGGAUCCUGGGAGCGCGCGCGAGGAGGACGUCGUGCCAAUGUGUGUGUACAUGUGUGUGUGUGUGUGUGUGUGUGUGUGUGUGUGUGUGUGUGUGUGUGUGUGUGCGCUAAACGGAGUGCGUGCGUCUACGGUGUCUCUGCGUGUACACAUCCAGUACAGUAUAUGCACAUGCUUCGGUUUGUACAUGCCCACGUGCAUGAGCCAGACAAGACGACGGGAGGCUGAGUGCGUCUCUCUGUGGAUUUUUGAAGUAAUGUGAUGCUUAUGUACAACCUGCCUCCCCUGGUAUUUGUGUUGAUGAACUGACAUUUACGUGAUUCCAACUAUUACUUAUUGUGAUUGUGAGCCCAUUAGGGUGGACGCCACCUGCUGGUACUGUGUUGAACUGCGCUCGUACCCCCCCCCCCCCUCCCGUCGUGCUUCACUGUGUGCGUCGAGGCCCUCGUUACUUCGCAGUAAAGUACGGUUCGCCGCGCGCCUCCUCUCUGUCUUUCCGUUGGACGAGUCGCUCCCUCCUCUCGCCGCCGCCCGCUGACCUUCCAGCCGAGGCGGUGACUAAGGAGCGGAAUCAAAGGUUCUAAUCAUUCCCGGUUUUCCCGCUCAUUACAGUGCAUCAGCAGCCUCCUGAUCGAUCCCCCGGUCCCCGAACCUUCUAUCUUUCUUACUGUGUACCUCCUUAAUUGCCUUGGCCUGUGCUGCCAAUCCCCCCUCACUCCAUAACCCUUAAAUGCUCCUCUCCGCUCCCCCUGUCCACACCGCCUGCCUCUUUUAUUGUUUUGCCCCCCCCCCCCCCCCCGUCCUCCAGUACCAGCGCAGAACUAACUCUGUUUUUGUUUUCUUUCAUUUCUUAGUGAAGUACUAUAGAUUGUUUUGCUGAAUCUUGAUAAUGUGUUUUAAUGUUCCUGUUGACAUUUAAUAAACAUUCACAUUUUAUAAAUGGGGAA